AGCUGUUGAGUUUCCUCCUUACUGGAGGCUGCGGGAUCUUCCAUUCAUUCUGACCGCAGCCCACAUACAGACUCCCCUCCAGCUUUGGAAGGUGGGCUGAGACCCAGGGUGAACAUGCCAGCUACUGGGAAAUCACCCCAGAGGUUCCCUGCCCUGGUUCCAGGACAGCCUGGCAGAUCCUUUGAGGGAUCUGUGUCAUUUGAGGACGUGGCUGUGGAUUUUACCCGACAGGAGUGGCACAGACUGGACCCUGCUCAGAGGACCAUGCACAAGGAUGUGAUGUUAGAGAACUACAGCAACCUGGCAUCCGUGGGCCUCUGCGUGGCCAAACCAGAGAUGAUCUUCAAGUUGGAGCGAGGAGAAGAGCUGUGGAUUUUAGAGGAGGAAUCCUCAGGCCAAGGUUUCCCAGGAUCUCUCUCACUGCUGUGUGGCAAGAGUUCUGUCGGGGGUAGUGCCCUCAGGCAUGACAGUGACCUUCAGCGUCAGAAGAUUCAACCUGUGGAUCAAACUGUUGAGUAUAAUGGAUAUGGAAAAGUCUUCUACAAGAACACAGGCUUUGUUGGACAUAAAAGAACACACGCAGGAGUAAAAAACUUUGGAUGUCAUGAAUGUGGGAAAAGUUACUGCAGGAAAUCAAACCUUAUUGAACAUCUGAGGAUACACACAGGGGAGAGACCCUAUAAGUGUGGUGAGUGUGCAAAAACCUUCAGUGCAAGGUCAUACCUCAUUGCUCACCAGAAAACUCACACGGGGGAGAAACCCUUUGAAUGUAAUGAAUGUAGGAAGUCUUUUGGCAGGAAGUCACAACUCAUUCUACACCAGAGAACACACACAGGAGAGAGGCCGUAUGCGUGUGCCGAAUGCGGGAAAACCUUUUCUGAGAAGGCAACCCUCAUGAUUCACCAGAGAACUCACACGGGGGAGAAGCCCUAUGAAUGUAGCGAAUGUGGGAAAACAUUUCGAGUCAAGAUAUCCCUUACCCAACACCAGAGAACCCACACAGGGGAGAAACCAUAUGAAUGUGGUGACUGUGGGAAAAACUUCCGUGCAAAGAAAUCCCUAAAUCAACAUCAGAGAAUUCACACGGGUGAGAAACCCUAUAAAUGUGGCGAAUGUGGGAAGUUCUUCAGAAUGAAAAUGACUCUCAAUAAUCAUCAGAGAACUCACACAGGUGAAAAACCCUAUCAGUGUCAUGAAUGUGGGAAAUCCUUCAGGGUACACUCGUCUCUUGGGAUACAUCAGCGAAUUCACACGGGAGAGAAACCUUACGAAUGUAGCAAAUGUGGCAAUGCCUUCUAUGUUAAAGCACGCCUCAUUGAACAUCAGAGAAUGCAUUCAGGAGAGAAACCCUAUGAAUGCAGCGAAUGUGGAAAAAUCUUCAGUAUGAAGAAAUCCCUUUGUCAACACCAGAGAACUCACACGGGAGAGAAGCCCUAUGAAUGUAGCGAGUGCGGAAACGCCUUCUACGUGAAAGUACGCCUCAUUGAACAUCAGCGGAUUCACACGGGAGAGAGACCCUUUGAAUGUCAAGAAUGUGGCAAGGCCUUCUGCCGGAAAGCGCACCUCACGGAACAUCAGAGAACUCACGUGGGCCGGCCCUUGCCUUUUACUGUGGAGAAAGCUUCUUUGUGAAGACUCCCAUCACCGUCUGACCAAGCCCUCUGGGUCCUCUGGUCACCGGCACACAGAGCACAUUAGGCUCGGACACUGGUGUGAAAAUACAUCCUGAUUCCUGUUAGGGGAUAGCUCGUUGUUGUCGUUUCAUUUGGAUUCCCCUAAUUAAUGGUGAGGUUGAAUAACUUCUUACCUGUUGACUGGCCGUUAGGGUUCUUUUCUUCUGUGCUUUGACUGUUGUGUAUCCUUUCCCCAUUGUUUUCUGACGGGCUGCUUAUCUUUUACAUCCUGGCUUUACAUGUUCUUGUUUUCGUUUUUCAGUAUAUGAGAAUGUACAAACCUUUUUUCAGUCAUGUGUA